AUGCCUGGCCUCAUCGAAUACUGUCCUGAGCAAGCAGAGGACAUCCUCAAAGUCGAGCAAAUCUCAGAGGAUCUGUUCAAGCUGUCGUUAACCCGAGAAAACAAGCUCAAUCUCUUCUCCGAGUCCAUUGGCAGCCUAGACUCAAGCCGCGAUGAAGCCGACCUUAUUCUCGGUAACCUCCAGGCGUGGUCCGCUGAGGCUGCUGAACGCUUCCAGCGACGCACAUCAGACGUUAUUCUCGACACUGCUUUCCGGCUGCUUUGCUCGAGCCCAACCGGAAUCCCAUUCGACAGUCGAUUUGUCAUUAGACAGUUUCUAGCCAUCAGUUAUAGUUGGCAAAACCCGGAUUGGCCGGGAACUCCUCACUCGGUGCCUGAACCCGGAGGUGUGUGGCCGGUUGGGAAACGCUUCGCGAACGCAAUCUUUGAAUUACGAGGGCAUCCACGGGAGGGAAUAUGGAUAGACCAGGUCUGCAUCAAUCAGAGCGACGAAUUCGAGCAGCAGAGAGCUAUCGCGUCAAUGGAUGUUGUCUACAAAUCUUGCCGAAAGUUGGUGGUACUUCUGGAAGACGUCGAGCUCACCAACGACGAGGCCGAGAUGUUUGACCUAUAUGAUGGCUAUCGGUCUCCAUAUGCUCUGGAAAGGGGCCCGACUGAUGAUAGAGAGGCCUCACACCUAAUCUCGCUAUAUGAUAAAGUGGCCGCGGCGCGGUGGUGGCAGCGCUCAUGGUGUUAUCACGAAUUCGUGGUUGCCGAGCCGUGGAGUGACAAGCGGCAUCAACGGGUUCACAACACUGUUUUUAUCUUAGGUCUUGGUGAAGAUCGGACUGUCACGGUAGAAUGGACUACAUUGCAUGCAAUUCUGGCAACGAUCACGGUACAACUCGGCCACAAGACUGAACGAAGCACGCACCUCAACCCGAUCCUUUCCGGUUUUGCAAAUCGCACGUCGCCGCGAUUCGACAACCCAGAACGCAAGGUCGGUGAGAUCCGGUCCAGCUUCAUGGCAAAAUUCAACGCCAUCGCUCAGACGGGGUGUCUAAUGCCCGGGGACAGGCUGAGCGUAUGCCUCAACCUCAUCGGUCUUGGCCUGGCAUUCUUCCGAUCUGAGGAGCCGACAAUAGACGAGGUUUACUAUCUGGCUGUUCUACUAGCACUGGCGGCGGGUGAAAAGAUGCCGCUUGCUUUCACCAACAUGGACCCCCUGACGUUUCGCGGUAAGGGAUCAUGGCUUGCGCGACCGGUCACGGCGGCGGACACAACGCUCGACAAGUUCACGUUGGGCGGUAUCAAAGGGAUCCACGCCGUAACCUUUAACAGGAUCGAAAUCGACUUGGUCUUCUUCAAUCGUGGUGUUUUGUGGGUUUCGGAUACGGAGCUUCAGCGUACGUACACCGUCUUUCCGGGCGUUAUCAGGAACACACCGCCACCGCUCAAAGCUCAAGUCAAAAUGCCGAGCUUCCAGCCUGAAGAGGAAAUGGAUACGCCUCGAAGACGGUUCCUUGCUGCCGCGGUGUCGGGUGGACCAUGCCUGGUGAGGCGCCUUUGGGCCCAGCUCGAUCGUGAAGUGGUGCAGUGGAACUACAACACGGGCAUAUUUGCCGACUUCAUAGUGAACGAGAAUCUCCGUCCCAAUGCGGAGGACUUUCUCAUGGCUUUUUCUCCGAGCGGCCAAACCGGGGUUGGCAACGACGAUCAUCUUACAGUCGAAGUUGCUAUGGCCUUCUUAACAUGGAUUACGGACCCAAGGUCCAUUUAUUGGAUCUCGACACUGGCUCUGCGCAUUCCAUGUACUGGAAAUGGAAAAGAUGCACUUUUGACGGGUUUCAGCUUCACGAAGAACUUCCGUGCGAGUGAUAUUGACACUCGGAUGAGGGUAGCAGUGCCAACAGACCUGCUGCAAGAAGACUGCGCGUGGAUGAGGGCGUGGCUAUUAGUCCCCGUGGAUGGUGAUGAUUCAAAAGGGGCUUGGAAAGUCGCAGGUAAAACAUUGCUUUUGGGUGAGCCGGAUCUCAUGGCGGAGUUGAAACAGAUGGAAGAUAGCGGACAUUCGGACCCAAUCAUGAGCCUACAAACGAGACAGGUCAUCGCAGGUUGA